GCUUGCUUACCUACGGUGCACACUUGCGCAAUUACACCUGGAUCCAGCAGCUAGGCAUCUGCUAUUGACUCAACAGUUCGGCCUAACUGCAUAACUCUCUGAACGCUCCUGGAUUUCACCGCGAUGCUCAGCGACAAAGGUCGCCGACGGACCCCGACCGAACAUCAUCACUGGACGUGACAUCUAAGUAGCCCCUUCUCACUAUAUAAACUACUGGCCAUCAAAUUACGGAAAUGAAUCCUCCACCUGCAAAGAAAGCUCGUUUGACGACGGCUUGCAACGAGUGCCGCAGGCGGAAGGUCAAGUGCGACGCCAAUUAUCCAAAAUGCACGAAUUGCUGCAGCAGAAACUCUGAAUGCUUCACGAGUGAUCCCAAAAGGCCAGAAAUUCCUGUGGUCAGGGAGUGGGUGGAUGUGCCAGAUAAACCCACUCAAGUCCUACCAUCAUCUGUCACAUUGCAGAGCCAGAUACGGCCUCGAUCACCAGAACGCGAGAUCGUCGAUGAAGAAGCGGCUGUAAUAGCGCAGCCACGUCCACCCAACCCAAGGCAAAUUUCCGGACUUAAUCCUCAACCUUCCCUCCCGCCGCAAAAUCACAAAUCGCCUUCAGUCAAUGGCAAUCUGGGGACGCCUGCGGUUCCGGAGACGACAGAUGUGUCACCCGUACAACAACCUCAUGAUAUGUCGUUCAACCUGGAUUUUGUGAACAACAGAUUCAAGAUGCUGGGCGCGAGUAGCGCUCAAUGUCUGACCAACUCUUUCGACAUCUACCUCAAAUCAUAUCACGUGGAGCCUGUAUCUGCCGUGUUUCGACAUGGCAUGCAGCAUGCAGAGGAAAUGGAGCUGCCUCUCGCCCUCGAGCUCACAUCAUUCCCAGAUUUCAGCACAAGGGAACGCUAUCUCGAUGCUUACUUUACUCGCCUACAUGUCUAUUAUCCUAUCACCGACGUUGAUGACACUAAAGCUAUCGUUCAUCGGAUAGCGCCAUUACCAGAUCUUAAAUCCGUAUCCUACACCAAAGUCCCGCUCCUCGCGAUGGCAUAUCUGCUUAUGAGUUUGGGCGCCGAUGAACUGCAUGGUACCCCGUCAGACAUUGGCACGAAGUACCUCAAGGUAGGCGCGGCUUUGGCCGGACACGCGGUCAACUUUCCAUAUUUAACCACGGUGCAAUGUUUGUUACUACUAGCUGUAUGCUACAGAGGCCGAAAUAAGGACGGCCUGGCUUGGGGGGCCACAGGUACAGCUGUGAGGAUAGCACAUUCCAUGGGCCUGCAUAGACAUUCGGCUGUCAAGCCAUCAGACCAACACGGCAUACAAAGAAGGGAUCAACAGCUUUUCCAUUCUCGCAUAUGGGCAAUAUGCUGCUGCUUGGAGAAGAUCGGACAGCUUGAGUGCGGUAGACCCUCCGCGAUUGCCAUUGUCAACACCGAUCAAAUGAUGGCGGCAGAUCAGCGUGCGCCCGGACACGACUUCUUGCAAUGGAACAUGGCACUGGCGGAAGUUCAGCACGACAUAUCAACUCAUUUGUACGGCCACCAGCCGGGCGAGAGAACCGCGAAACAAAUCCUACUUGACACAGCUAGACUGGACAAGAAGCUACUUCUCUGGCCUUCGCUUGUGCCAGCCGAGCUGAGGCCAGGCAACGACAUUCUCUGCGGAGACGACCAAUUUCAUCUAGCUGCAUCUCUUUCUCUGCAAUACCACCAGGCUGUCAUUGCCGUUCAUCGUGCUGCCCUGAUACAGCCGAUAGCAGCUCUACAAAGAGAGAUUGAUAAAGUGCUACCAGAGAAUGACGCUAGAUUCAGGCUAAGAGGCGGCGAAGCAAUAUGUGUCAGUAGUGCUAGGGCCGUGGCCAGAAUCAUAAUAGAGUUGCUCGAAAGAAAGAUUGACUCGAGACUCUUGAGCGCUGGUCCUGUGCUGCUAGCAUGUGUGGUGCUUGCUACAUACAUCGUCAAGAAUCCCGGUGGCAGAAUGCAGCUUUCGGACCUCGAGUUACUCAGAGCAGUGGCCGAGUGGACGUCCAACCAAUUCCGCAAGACCGGUAUGGACGAGCAGUUCUCAAAUGGCGCAACGGUCAUCUGUGAAAGAACGCAGGAAUGUCUGGCUCGAUGGAAGAUAGCGCAAAACAACAGAUCAGGCACACAUUCAGUCGCACAAAGCAACACUCUACGAUUCAGCGCCAGCUCCUCGAGCAAUGCCACAAGCAUGAAUGGUCACAUAACCGCCAACAACAACCUCUUUCAAGCUUCACCAAACAAUCACAACACUUCAAGUAGCAGCGGGCAAAGUCACCAUCAAACCUCCGGAGCAUCGGGAACAAACUCGUCACCGGCAUCAAAUAUGUUGGGCCGAGAACAUUCUACCAUGCAGAUUGCGAAUAUUUUGCUGGAUAACGCAAGUCAUACCACUGCUCUGGGAAGUAUCGAUGACAACUUAGACUUGGAUAUCAUGCCAUUCGAAGGCUACAAUCUCGAAGAACUCUGGAAUUGGAUGGAUUCUGGUGGUGACAUUGGGGGUCUCGAAGGCAUAGACUGGGCGGAUGGCACCGGGUUUGACGAUCACUGAGGACCGGAUAGAGUCUGUUCAUGUUCGAACUGUACAAUAGAUACAACAAGCAAAAUGCACAAGUAAAAGAACAAGAAUUCCAUAUUGGUAUCAUCUGG